AUGGUGGCAGCGCUGGAGACGGAGAAUGAAGUGAUGGUGAAAGGAAACGGGGAGGCUGGUAAAACGACCCUCAUGUCUUCGAAGAAGCGCCCACAGCUGCCGAUCCUGCCACAGUAUCCGGUGCCCGCUGGGGCUCUCGUUGUUGAUCAGGAAGACAAGCGAGUAGUGUACCUGGCGCCGUUGAUGUCGACAUCCAACGAAAUCUAUCUUGCCAAGCACAAGGAACUCUUGAAGGGGAAUAGAAAAUUACCUUCCAGUAGUGAAGACCAGCAAGGACAAGCCGAGUCUAAGAAACUGAUGUUGGCGUCCUUGGAGCGGCACUUAGCUAGGGCUCAAAAGCCUAUGCAGCCGCUGGGGUCUUUGAACCAGCAGUCCUCGUCGAGCGCGUUUGACAUUCCGUCAUCGGACGGGCUAAAUCGGUGUAGCAUACCAAUUGUCACUACCACGGAGACUGCUGUAGCGGAUGACCAACUGAAGAAAAUGAAACAACGAGUCAAGCUACUGCCGAUUUCGGAUGAUGACCAUACUACCUUCUGGGAGACGAUUCGAGGCUAUGAGCGGAUGCGAGCGAACUUUCAACGGAUUGUAUUAGCCGGAGGUGCAUCGUCUCCAAUGGGCUUUAACAUGGAAGCAGCUUUCAAAAAAAUGGCGUGGAUUGAACUGGAGACUCACCUCGUUGAUGCCGCAAUUGAAGAACACGAGGGGAAAAACUUUGAGUUCGAUGCCCAGACAAACUCUCCGAAGGCGAAACUUGGUUCCCGAAAGAAACGUGAGGUAUGGAUGAGUUUCGUCCCAGAGUCAUUUCGAACUCCAGUGAUUCUCGAGCUCCUGAAGAAAGACGAAAAGGAGUACCGUGAGAAAUUCCGAAGGCAGGAGGUUGACUUUUUUCCUCAGCUAGUCCAGACACUGCGAGAUGCAGUCAAGUUGACACAGCAGCUUGCGACUGCGAACCCAUCAGAGCCUGUAAACUCUGAUGAGCGACAAACUCCAGUGAUGAUACCUACGCAGACGUUUGGAUUAGUAGCCGUGUCUUACAAUUUUAAGAACCUUCCGGCACUAUCGGAGAAAACCAGAGAUGUGGCAAUGUCGCUUUUCGAAAGUCUGGUUGGUCAACACUUCAACCACUUUUCUUCGAGGUCCAAGCUGCUACUAAACCCUUCAGUCAUUGAGUUCCAAGAUACCAUGAAAGAGUUGAAGAAGAUAUGCUCGGAAGAACCAGAUUCGUCGUUUUUCAUGUGCUUGUCGACUCACGGUGCUCGAGUUACUCGCGGUGCCAACGAGGGGUCAUAUGUGCUGUUUAGCGAAACGAGGCUUUCAUCAGAGGAAGAGCUAGUCCUAACAGCCAUUCAUGAACGCGAGCUUGCUCAAAUGAUCAACGAUAUUCCAUGCAAGAAUAAGUUUGUCGCACUCGAACUUUGUCAAAUUCAAGAGCCCAAAGACAAGAUCAUCGAUGACGCUGAAACGAUUCGCCACCGUAUCCACGAGCAGCUUAUAUCGCAAUUGUACAAACAGAUUGUGCAGCUACGUCUUCAGGGCUUACAAGAGCCCGGGAAACGUCUAUCUUCAAACAAAGAAAUCAGUGAGGAAACUGAACGAGUGAACCCGAAGCUACUUAAUUUUAUUAUGAUGGAGUCAUGUAAUGUGAAGACCGAAGUCCCAGUUCGAGCAAAUGAGGAGCGUAACCGCCAACCGCAUCACUAG